AUGGCACCUGUAAACGUCCGCUUGAAUCGUUUCGGCGUGGUGAUAUUUGUUUUAGCAACUUUGUGCAUUUUAUUUUAUUUGUUUGGGCUGCCAUGGUUCUUUCCAGGCGAGCCUAGAGUUAGCAUGAAAGAACUGUUGUCUGUCAGUAUUGUAUUGGCACAACGCGGUGGAAAAAUCGUACGUGACAUCGCCAUUAACAACAAUCGUACACUUGAUACAAAGCAAAAAGGGUUGACACGUGAGGGAAAGAAAGAACUAGUGACGAGAAGUGAUGUGGAAUCUCACAAAGCUAUUUACUAUGGGUUUGCAAAAGCUUAUCCUGGGAUGCAGGUCAUUUCCGAAGAACAUGAUACCGAGCCUAUUAGCCUGUCUGCCAUUCCUGAGGUGACUAAGAAGCUUGAAGAAGUUGAGAAUAUUAUUAAAAGUGACCAGUCGAUUGCGAUGAAAUCCAUUUCAGUGUGGGUCGACCCACUGGAUGCCACCCAGGAGUAUACAGAGGGAUUGUAUAAAUACAUAACUACAAUGGUCUGUAUUGUUGUUAAUGGGGAACCUACAAUUGGAGUCAUUCACAGACCUUUUGAAGGAGAUACGGUUUGGGCCUGGGUUGGUUAUGGACACUCAGCAAAUAUUGAGAAAGCUGCUAAGAAGCCUGAAGGCCAUCAGAAAAUAAUUGUCUCUCGCUCUCAUGAAGGAACCGUAGCGUCGGUGGUGCAGAAAGCAUUUGGAGAUGCAGAAAUCAUCCAUGCAGGGGGUUCAGGAUACAAGACACUGGAAGUGCUCCGAGGAAAUGCUGAUGCCUACAUUCACGUAACACAAAUAAAGAAGUGGGACAUAUGUUCUGGUAAUGCUAUUCUCAGUGCCCUGGAUGGGAAGAUGACAACACUGGAGGGGAACUAUCUCAACUAUUCCCCGAGACUUGACGUCAAGAAUGACAAGGGACUGCUAGCUACAAUACACAACCACCAUCAAUUCCUCGAACAUCUAGAACCCGCGGCUGAAGAUCUCAAGAAAAACACUAAAACGAAGAGCUGAUAAUCUGUACAGUUUUAGUAUUCAAUGAUCAUUCUUGGACAAUCAUCAUAUAAUAGUGGCAAAUCCAGAAGAGUAACCAGAUGCAGACAUACAGACACUUGGCACAUAUCACACACACACACACACACAAACAUCACAAUUAACACACUCAUACAUACAUACAUUAACAUAUCACACACACACACACAUAC